CAUAUUUUGGACCGCUAUAUUCAACAGACAGAAACACGUGGGGUCCUUUUCCUCCAUAGGUCUACACAACGUGAGAACCAUGCCGAAGUCAAAGAGAGACAAGAAAGUUUCACUAACAAAAACAGCCAAGAAGGGUCUGGAAACUAAACAGAACUUAAUAGAAGAGUUGCGGAAAUGUGUGGACAUUUACAAGCAUCUGUUCAUCUUCUCUGUGGCAAACAUGAGGAACAACAAACUGAAAGACAUCAGGACAGCCUGGAAACACAGUCGAUUCUUUUUUGGCAAAAACAAAGUAAUGAUGAUCGCUAUAGGUAAAGGACCAACAAGCGAGUACAAAGACAAUUUGCACAAGGUCAGCCGGUUUCUGAGGGGAGAAGUGGGUGUGUUAUUCACAAAUAAAACCAAGGAAGAGGUACGAGAGUAUUUCAGCCAGUUCAAAGAGAUGGAUUUUGCACGAGCGGGAAACAAGGCAGGGAUGGCCAUAACACUUGAUGAAGGACCCCUGGAACAGUUCCCUCACUCCAUGGAGCCACAGCUGAGACAGUUGGGACUCCCCACAGCACUCAAGAAAGGAGUGGUGACACUACUGAAAGACCAUGACGUGUGCAAAGAGGGAGACACACUAACCCCUGAACAGGCCCGUAUUCUGAAACUCUUUGGGAUUGAGAUGGCAGAAUUCAGAGUGCAGAUCAAGUGCAUGUGGAACUCUGAAACGAGCGACUUUGAGAAGCUGGCUGAGGAAGAAGAGGAAGAGGCCAUGCAGGAUAAUGACACAGAGGAGGAAGAAGGGGAUGGGAAAUGAAUCUGGAUAGACCAAUGGACUUCUCAGACCUUAGGAUUUUAAUACUGUGUGACCUGUAUGUUUUAAUGCCUCAACCUUCAAGUGUUUCCUUUUGCCUAUGAAAUGCUAGAUUUCUGAGGCACAAAUUCACUGGUAUGUUACCCAUUGAAUCUUGUGGACAUACAUUUUGUCGUCCACUCAAAUACAACAGUACAAACUAAAACAGUUUGCUUGGUUGUCUCUUAUAAAACAUCCCACAAAAAAAUGUUUAGUGGGAAUUGUUUGUGCACAGUAUAGCUUUAAGUUAGGUACAGCAAUGUAAAAUUGUUAGCCACAUUGCGAUCCUUACAAACGCACCGGACAUGGCAGAUCAGUGAAGAUAAAAUACUCCCAUUGUUCUCCAGUUUAUUAGACACAGCCUCCAGAAAAUGUUUUUCCCUAAUUCAUUGAAUUUACAUGAAUUGCUCACCAUUAGAAUAUACAAGAUCAAAGUCAUCUGUGCCUUUCCUAGUUUGUUUUAAUGAAUACUUGCAUCAAUGAAUACUUGCAAAAAUC